AUGAGAACCUUAAGAAGCUUCGAUGGCUUCCCUUUAAAUUUGAGCAACUUCUAUGGUGGCUGCGCUAUUCUUCUUCUUCUUCUUGUUGUUGUUACUUUAUUGUUUCUUCUGAACCGUAAGAGCAGAUCCCUGUUGGCGUCCUCUUUGAUCUCCGAUUCUAGCAAUUUAAACCCAAGGGUUUACAAUUGCAGAACCUCAAACACUGUCACUGAUGCUGAUUUGAAGUUUUUAAUGGAUGAAAUUCUAAAUCAGAACCAUAAAUGGGAGGAUGUCAUAGAUAAAACAAAUCAUCUUCUAUGCUACAAAGCUAAAUCCACCAAACCUAAGAAUGGUCCCCUGAAAUAUUGGAAAAGCAAUUAA